AUGAACCGACAUUUGCGCACGGGGAGCCUCAAUAUUCCCAGCGGCCAGCGUAAUCCCAGCAGCGCACAGACUCCCCGCUUCGAUGGCCCGCGCAGUCCUCCAAAUACCGCGCACGUGCCGUGCAAGUUCUUUCGGCAAGGCACAUGUCAGGCUGGAAAUGCCUGUCCAUUCAGCCACGACGUGAGCCAGGCGUCCGAGACGAUUUGCAAGUAUUUUGCUAAGGGCAACUGCAAAUUCGGCCCAAAGUGCGCCAAUAUUCACGUCCUCCCCGAUGGUCGACGCAUCAACUACGGCAGAAAUGGCGUCACCAUUGGCUCUGGCCCUGGGGGGCUCGCGGGACGACCAGGCAAAGACCCAGCCUCGCCUCCCUCGAACGUUGCCGGCAUGGCCCCUCACAUGCCAAACGGGCAAACAUCGUCGAGCGCUUUAACGAAUUCGCUAUACCGCGCCGAACAGCCUGGGUAUGUCCCCGCGUACCCAUACGACGAUCGACAAGACCCCGCGGCGUCUCAAGGCCAGCACCAUAACCUCGAUAAUGGGAUCCCAAUCAUCGAUGGGCCCUACACGCACACUGGGUCACAGUACGGCUCCCCACGGGACGAGGAGGCACGGUUUGGCCUGGGCAUGUCUCCUAUCAAUGCAAAUGGCCUCUCCGUGCUCGAUGCUCCGCUCCCUGCCUCAUUCGAUUCAAACGGUAUAUCUAAUGCCGCUCGAUUUCCUGCCGCACCAUGGCCGUCGUCAGUGCCAUCGAAAUUUGGGCUCGAAUCGCCGACCCUUUCAGCUAGCAGCACUGCUAAGGACGGUCGGACAUCCGACACCCUCAAGAUGCUGCACACGUCUGCCUUUGGCGAGUUGCAGAUCACGCCCACGAACGGAAGUCCCCAGCAGGGUAAUGGAUACGGCGACGAGUACUUUGGGAAACGCGCCAUGCAUUCGUCACGCUUCGCGAGACCCAAGAUGCUGAGCGCUAGUGUCCCCAAGACCACUUCGGCAGUUGAUCGUGACUGGGAAAACGAUUUUGCCCUGGACGAUGAUAGUGACAAUUUGCCGGAGAACUACGUACCGGAAAACUUGCAGGAUCUGCUGACUCCGGCGGAGAAGGCGCGGCGAGGUUCCAUACGGGCCGAUGAUGCCAACGUGGACGCUAUCAGAUACGGCAGUCCUAUCGGCACCAGCCCUGGGCGUUGGGGAUCGUCUGUGGUAAGGAAGGACGAGGAUGAGACUUCGAGGUCGCGCAGUGUGGCUUCGGCAUUUGGCCAUGUCGGCAGUCCCCUGCGCAACUCGACACUUGCUCAGGAGAUGGGGUCCCUGGGUCGCGGGUCAAACAUGCGCCCCGGCAGCGAGCCCAUGUCGAUGCUUUCCCAACAGCUACAACGCAGUCGUCUGGAAGAUCCAGCGCCGGGUGGUGCUAGCCCUCUGCUGCACCCGUCCACCGCGCGCACCCCUGGGAAGGACAGGCACAUGGAGCGCCAUGUCUCAAGCGGAAGCAUCAGCUCAUCUGUCACCGGACGGUUCACCACCCCAAUCGACGAGGAGGACCCAGACUUUGUCUUCAAUAUGGACGAAGUAGAGGAGCCGGAGAGGGCUCGCGCCCGCAAGAGGAUCUCGGGCGGUCUGGGCAUGGGCGUCUGGGGCUCUGGCAGUUAUGCUGGUGCGCUCGCAGGGAAGCAGUCCAGUGCAAAAGACAGUCCUGCUGCUGGGCGGUAG